ACCCACAUAAACCUACCCUUUUACCCUUUUCUAUUACAACCUUUAAUUUCCAAAUACAAUUCAGUCUAUAUUGACUGUUGACUUAUUAAUACCACACUAUAUUUCGAUUACAUCAAGCUUAUACUAUGGCUGCUCCGUUACCCAUUGGAAGUCAGUUAUCACAGGUUUUCAUUAAGAUCGCAGACGAAUGUAUUAGGCUGGAUACCAUUCCUGCUUUCGACCAAGGCGCUGUUAUCUUACACACGUUGGAACAAAUGCAGCAACAAAUGCAACAAAUGCAGCAACAAACGCAUCAGCAGAUAAAUGAAUUAGAUCGAAAGCUUCAGAAAGGAUUUGAUGAUAUACAUCAGAGGACUACAAUCCUAAAUAUCAAUUCUAUAGCUCGCACUCAGAACUUCAUGAUCAGCUUUGCCGACAGACAACUCAGCGUUUUGGUAGAUUUUAAUACUGCCGAAGAGAUCCCAGAUUUCCCUUCAACAGCCUCUAUAAUUCCUCGUAUGUCAAGUGCAGCUGUCAAUCGAGUACUUCUAGCGUUAGAUCUAAAUACAGAUGGAAAUGUUGAACAAAGGCGUACAAGAAUGAGCGCUGCAAUUGGGCUAAAGAUUAAUAGUGUAUAAUAUUAAUUGACAGUAGUCUUUAUUAGUGAGGAAUAAGUAUAACGUAGUUUAUCAGUGGGUCGGCCAUAUCAAUGGAUCGGUCACUUUUACCUCGAAUUAUUAUUCUAUAUUCAAUACGCAUUUUCUUUAUAAUUAAUUAUAAAAAUUCAUUCUAAAGAAGCAUAUAUAAUCUUAAUUAUUCAAGCUAUUAAAUUAAAUAAAAAAUUAUUAAUUCGAAAAGCAGCU